UGUGGGGGUGUUAUGAUUAAUUCAGUUAAAAUGUAUCCAGACAAAAUUAAAAAUUCGAUCCCGAAGCCGGCAUGCCUACUGCCCAAACGGAUGUGCCGCCACGCCGACGAGCGGACUUUCUAUUUAUGUCUGGCAUGGCGGUAGGCAUUCUGGAGGUGUUAUUCUUGAGUCCGCUGGACUUGGUCAAGUCCCGAUUGCAGGUGCAGAAUAUUCAUAGGAUAACAACCAGGGAAACCUAUUGUGGCGUUCGGGAUGCCUUCGCAAAGAUAUAUCAAAACGAGGGACUGACCACCUUCUGGAGAGGCAUGGUGCCACCGUUGUUAGUGAAUCCGCCAAGAAGGGGUAUGAAGUACUUCAUGAUUUCCCAAUUAAGGCCCAUCGUGCAGGCGGGUUCUCAGCCAACUUCAUUGACUUAUGCCAUGACCGGCGCAAUUUCCGGAAUAAUCGAGGCUAUCGCUGUGAAUCCCUUCGAGGUGGUAAAAAUAACGCAACAAGUACAUGAGCAGAAGCGUCUCAAUGCCUUGGCGAUGGCACGGCACAUCAUUGGGCGUAACGGCUACGGGUUGAAAGGUCUUUAUCGGGGCAUUACGGCUCUCAUGACACGCAAUGUCAUUUUCCAAUUCACCUAUUUCGGCAUGUACACAAACAUUAGGAAUCGGCUUCCCGCCAAACAGCGCCAGAGCGCCGAACUCUUCCGUAAGUUCGUGAUAGCAAGCUUUUCAGGCGCCGUGGGCUUAUCACUAAGUUGUCCCUUCGAUAUGGCCAAGUGCCGCAUCCAGGCGCCGCAGCCAGUGAGGGGUGAGAUCAAGUACGGUGGGACAAUUCAAACACUGAGGAUAAUUUACUAUGAAGAAGGUCUCCGGGCAUUGUACAAGGGCCUGUCACCGCUGCUAUUGCGUGCCAUUCCAGGCGGAGCUAUCCAAAUAGUUUCCUAUGAAGCUAUUUACGAUUUCCUCGUUAGUAGAUAUGGAGAAAAUAAUACUGGUUAUUUCUGAGGAGAUAUUACUUAUAGAGAAGAUACCCCUCUUUUACAAUUUGAUACAAAUAUCAUGUGAUAGGGUCUGUGAUAGGAAAAGUCAGCUAUCUCGUCGUGAAGCCAUCAGUUUUUAAACUUUAGAUUAGUAUCAAUAAAUUCUACAAUCAGUAUAUUUUUAA